AUGGGAGUCACUUCCCUAUGGGAAAUUGUCGGUCCAGCCGCACGGCCAGUGAAACUAGAGGCACUCACAAGGAAAAAGUUAGCAGUAGAUGCUUCUAUUUGGAUCUAUCAGUUUCUUAAGGCUGUGAGGGAUAAGGAGGGCAACACACUACAUCAGUCACAUAUUGUUGGCUUCUUCAGAAGAAUAUGCAAGUUACUUUACUACGGUAUUUUGCCACUUUUCGUUUUUGAUGGUGGUGCACCAGCUUUAAAGCGAAAGGUUAUACAACAGAGAAAGGAUCGCAGACAGGAGAAUCAAGUAGAUGCUGCCUUAACUGCGCAAAAGCUUCUUGCUAUUCAACUCCAGAAAGGUAAAAGGGGCGAAAAAGCCUCUCAAACGCCCAAGCAGACGGCAUCUCGAGCUGUGGACAAGUCCGAGAACAUGAUUUAUCUUGAAGAUAUGCCAAUACUCCAUCCUGAACAUGGCGAGCCUCAUAAUAUUAGCCCACAAUUGGUAAAGUCUACCGAAAGCUCACCAAGAAAGUUUGUCAAGAAAGACGAGUAUCAUUUACCUGAUAUCCAUCAGUUCAAAAUUUCGAAGAACGAUAGCCGUAUCAUGCCAGCUACAGAAUUUCAAGAAUAUGCCGAUGAUGCUGAUUUUGACACCAUCGAUGGAAUAAACAUUGAUACGGUUGAUCCAUCCUCCAAAGAAUUUGGUGAUCUUCCGUUGGCAACGCAGUACAUGAUGUUGUCGCAUCUACGCCUACGGUCGAGAUUGAGGUUGGGAUACAGCAAAGAUCAAUUGGAAGGAUUAUUUCCCAAUAGUAAAGACUUCUCACGAUUUCAAAUAGAGCAAGUCAAGAAGCGAAACUACUACACUCAGAAACUCAUGACAGUAAGUGGAAUGUCCGAAGAUAGUGGCAAUAUUACGCGACGGAUAGCGGGUGAUCGAGAUAGACAUUACACGUUGAUGAAAAAUGACGAUGGGUGGACAUUAUCUCUAGAGGGCGGAGAAGGUGAUUUAGUGGAGCUCGAUGAAAAUGGAGACGUGGUCAGAUCCUUGAUGUCGUCGGGGAAACAUCACUCGGAGAAAACACGCGAAGGAAAGGAGGACGUCAUGCUAUCCAAUGCUAUAGAUGAUUCGAGCAACAGCGAUGACGAGUUGGAAGAUGUUGAGCCAAAGAAUGAUGAUAUGGAAGCAAAUAAGGCGAUGAUUGAGUCAAUUUAUGACAUGUAUCAGGAUGAUUACCGCGGAAACGUCGAUGGAGAUAAUCAUAAUGAGGCAAAACUCAAAAAAGCGGUGGAAGGUUCAAAGAAGCUCUAUUUUGAACUGCAAAAAGAAGAACAAGAAGCUUUAAAACUUCGAAAUAAUGCUGCUCCCCACGAAGUUGAAGAUGAUCAGUUCGAUUUCAAGCGCUCUCUUCUUUUUGACGAAACACAGCGAAGUGACGAAAAUGAUACCUCACAGUUUGAUGAUGGCGCACGAAAUGAUCCGAAGCAGCACGAUGAAGUCCCUGAGGCUUCUCAUCGACCUCAACGAUCUGUGCCAUCUUGGUUUGAUGAUAGCGUGUCUCAGAUCAACAAACCACACUCUGGUGAUACUUUUCUUAAGAGAACUGAUGAGACAACGCGGCUGCUUAAUGAUGAUGAAGAAGCUGGCUUAAUAUCAUGGUCUGAAGCAAAGGAGAUGAUCGAAGGUGGAGAUUUCAGAUCUGCAUCAAGCAACGCAGUAAACAUCAACGUCACUGACGGGCUGGAAUCUGGGAAAUCUGUUACUGUGGAUGAUCAUAAUGACGAUGUUGAGGAUGUCCCUGAUGAUCGCGAUAAAAGUGCUGAAGAUGAUAUCAUAGAAAUUGAAGAUACUGAACUCAAAUCAGGUUUCCUGUCCAAGUCUUACCACGAGAAUGCCGACGUCGACGCCAGUAGUUCUGCUCUUACGGAUGCAAGGAAUGAAAAGGCCGUUGAUAAUAUGGAGGAUGAUAAGAUAAUGGGGCUGGAUAGUGCAACAACUUCUGGAGUUGAUUCCUCGAGCCGCCAAAAGGUAGCCACAUUUGAUUACGAGAUAGAGGCAGACGAAGAAGAAGACUUGAUCAAGCAGCUCCGGGAGGAGAACCAUCAACACGAAGAGUUUGCAACAGAAAUGAAGAAGAAACAUGAGAUUCCAAUCUCGACAAGUUCACGGAUAUCAGACGAGCAGUUAUAUCAAGAACGUGUUCAGAAGGCCAAGCGUGAUUCAGACGAGGUAUCCCAAACAAUGAUUCAGGAUGUACAAGAGCUUUUGAAAAGGUUCGGCAUUCCGUUUAUAACUGCUCCAAUGGAAGCGGAGGCACAGUGCGCUGAACUCUUCCGGCUUGGCAUGGUAGAUGGUAUCAUAACGGAUGACAGUGAUUGCUUUCUAUUCGGAGGAAGCCGUAUCUAUAAGAACAUGUUUAACCAAAAACAAUACGUGGAAUGCUACUUUAGUGAAGAUGUUGACCACAAGAUUGGCUUGAACAGAGAAAGGCUCAUAGAAUUGGCCCUACUAUUGGGGAGUGACUACACAGAGGGGAUAAAAGGAAUAGGGCCGGUGCUAGCUAUGGAGAUCUUGGCGGAAUUUGGGAACUUGAAAAACUUCAAGCAUUGGUUUGACAAACACGCAAGGGACCUAUCAACAAAGGACUCCCUGCCUUCCAAGUUAGAGAAGAAUCUCUUGACAAGAAUAAAAAAUGGUAAGCUUUUUUUACCAGAAAGCUUCCCUGAUCAUGUCGUGUUCCAGGCUUAUACUCACCCAGAAGUAGAUAAGGAUGAGAGUGAGUUUAAAUGGGGCGUACCUAACUUAGACCAAAUAAGGUCAUUCCUUAUGUUUAAUGUCGGAUGGACUCAGUCCAGGGUCGACGAGGUAAUGCUUCCUCUCAUCAGGGACAUGAACAGAAAGCGUGCUGAGGGGUCACAAUCAACGGUGGGAGAAUUCUUCCCCCAAGAGUACAUAUCUUACAAAAAGGAGGUAUCCUUAGGGAAGCGGAUGAAGGUGGCUGCGAAUCGUCUUCAUAAAAAUAGACAAUGA